UUGCACUUUUGAUGGAUGGAGUGUGGUUUUGUUAUUGUGUUUGCUAGUGUCAGACCAGCAUAAUAAUUUAAUGUUGUAAUCGCCUAGUUGCAUAUAAGUUAAUUUGUAUAUUUUCGAGCAAGAGAAGCAUUAUUUGGUUCUGUGGGCACAAGCAAUGGACCGCUUGUUGAGGUUAGGAGGAGGCAUGCCAGGUUUGAGCCAGGCACCACCACCAUCAGAUGCACCAGUUGUAGACACUGCUGAACAGGUUUACAUUUCCUCACUUGCCCUUCUGAAAAUGUUAAAACAUGGUCGUGCUGGGGUACCAAUGGAAGUUAUGGGCCUUAUGCUGGGAGAAUUUGUUGAUGAUUAUACAGUCAGAGUGAUUGAUGUUUUUGCUAUGCCACAGACUGGAACCGGUGUCAGUGUAGAGGCAGUGGAUCCAGUAUUUCAAGCAAAAAUGUUGGACAUGUUGAAGCAAACAGGACGCCCAGAAAUGGUUGUUGGAUGGUACCAUUCACAUCCAGGAUUUGGAUGUUGGUUGUCUGGAGUAGAUAUUAACACACAACAGAGUUUUGAAGCUCUGUCAGAGCGGGCUGUUGCUGUAGUAGUUGAUCCAAUUCAGAGUGUUAAAGGAAAAGUUGUAAUUGACGCGUUCCGACUUAUCAACCCCAACAUGAUGGUGCUAGGCCAGGAACCACGACAGACAACCUCAAAUCUUGGUCAUCUGCAGAAGCCCUCAGUUCAGGCCCUGAUACACGGUCUGAACAGACAUUAUUACUCUAUUAGUAUCAACUAUCGUAAGAAUGAAUUGGAGCAGAAGAUGCUGUUGAAUCUUCAUAAGAAAUCAUGGAUGGAUGGACUGAUGCUGGCAGAUUAUUCAGAGCACUGCAAACUUAAUGAGACAACAGUCAGUGAUAUGCUGGAUUUAGCACGAAACUACAACAAGGCUCUUGAAGACGAGGAAAAGAUGACACCUGAACAGCUGGCAAUAAAGAAUGUUGGUAAGCAAGAUCCAAAGAGGCAUCUGGAAGAGAAGGUUGAUAUUUUGAUGACAACCAAUAUCGUGCAGUGCUUGGGAGCUAUGCUGGACACUGUCGUCUUCAAGUGAUGUAGAAGAACUGAUUUUCAUAUUCACCUGCCACAUCUGAAAUUACAAAAAAAAUAAAAAAUAAAUAAAAACUUUAGUCCCUAUUGACAAGUUAGAGGAAAUAAGUUCUAUCAAAAUUAUUUAUUAAGAACUUGCAGUUUAGGAAAUUAAUUCUGUUUUAACAGUCAAAGGGAUACAAUGCUUCAGUGUGCAUACAGUGUUUUGCUGUGAAUAAAACCCACAUUAUAAAAUGAGGCAUGCAAAUGUUCUAGUUUGCAAUUGAGAAGUUCUUGUACUGCUAUUAUUCAAUAAUAAGAUAUUGAAAAAAUA